UUCUGCUUUUGGUUGUUCUGUGUUAUGUCGUUUCAACGUGGAACCAGUGGUGGCCACAUCCAGGCUCCUUCCGGCCACAAGCUGACGACUAAGCAAAAAAGACUUCCAGCACGGGCGCCAUGGCACAACGAACUUUACAAGUAUAACACCUCGCCGCACUCGGAGAUGUCCAGUGCUCCGUACAAGAAGUCGGACCCUUACAGCUAUGCACCCCCACGGGAAGAGGCCCGGCUAGGCGUAUCCAUUUGCGCUCGCUGCAUUAACAAAAAAGUCUCACCAAUGGAAUCCACUGCGAGUUUAUAUUCCAAAUCUUUCUCACACCCCUCAAGACCGUCAAACAGACAUUUAGGAUUCUCGGCCCUUGAUCGUUCGCGUCUUGAUAUGAUUUCCUCGUCUCGUCAUUCCCAACUGCUCAAUUGUCUCCGUCUAAAUGUGAGCACGUCAUCCCAUUGUUCUGAUGUAUCCAAGCGGCUCAAGGAGCUGGCCCGAAGCAAGCAGCCGCCAAAGAUUUUCAGUGCCAAGCAGCCCUGGCAUCUAACCGGGUCGAUGCGGACCUUUCAGCCCAGCGAACGACUCCUGAAAUUGGCCUGCAGCACGAGACCAUCCACCAGGAAGCUGUACAAUCCAUUCAGUGUGGCUCUGCGGGCCCUAACCUACAAAGCCACUGAACGCAUUAACCUGCUGGCAGUGCCCAAAAAAAAGACACCGACUAUUGAUGUAUCCCUGGAGAUCCCAUCCCGACCGACUCGCAAAAGACUCCCCGGCCAGCAAACUCCGCGCCUGAAGAACCUGGCCACGCCAAAGCUGCGGGAGGACACCACGAUCCGUCGAAAGCCCUACACAGUACGGCGUAGGGCAAUGAGGGCCAAGCUGACGCCGCGUCUGGAGAAACUGGCCCAGCCGAGGCAGCUGCACAGUCGCAGCGGAAAAGAAAAAGAAAGUCUACCGGUCUAAUGCCAGUGCACAGUGCACUGGAAAUGGUGACAGGAUUACCAGGAUCCCGAUCCUUUCCAGUUCCCUGUGACCUGUCAUUGUCCUGAUUGAGUAAUUGGGGAUAAAUAAACUUUUAAUCCUAAAUGA